CUCACCUGGAUGCAGGUUAGGCAGGUGAAGCGUCUCCCCGGAAACGGAGCUAGAGCGCCCCACCUGCUGGGUCCUGCCUGCUUAAAUCGGAUCCGGCGCAGCCAGGCUUCUCAUAAGGACUCUAAGACGGUGAACUGUCCUAGGCAAGCCCCUCCAGGACUCGGCAGCUGGCACCUACAGGAUCUGUCUCUCCUGCCACAGGAAGCUGGACUCCUGGCCGGCAGUGCUAGCUUUAUUUUUACCUGGACCCAGCAGUGACAACUGAGGCCAUGUGAGUCUGAUCCUGAAUGAGGCUUUAUCUCUGACUGUUCGUCCCAUCAUCCACUGUGGCACCAGCUCCCUCCGACAGCCUAGAUGGAGACAGCCAGAGCUGGAGAGGUGACGGUACCUGUUGCCUGGACUGAGAGGAAGAGACUGGGCCUCUAGCUGCCAACCAGGUGAUGGAGACACCAGGCCAUGAUAAACACCAUCUGAGCCCUGACAUUGAUCUUCUCACCUGACCCUGCCUGACCAAGCCAUGUCCCAACAAGCCUCAGUGGCCAGGGGGCUGCCCCCAGAUGUGCUGGCAGAGCAGGUGGAGCUGUGGUGGUCCCAGCAGCCCCGGCGCUCCUUGCUCUGUUUCUCCGUGGCCGUGGGCCUUGUGGCUGGCUGUGGGGCGGGCGGCGUGGCCCUGCUGUCCUCCACCAGCAGCCGCUCUGGCGAGUGGCGACUAGUCGUGGGCACCGUGCUCUGCCUGCUGGCCCUGAUGGUUCUGGUGAAGCAGCUGAUGAGCUCCGCAGUGCAGGAUAUGAACUGCAUCCGCCAGGCCCAGCACGUGGCCUUGCUGCGCAGCGGUGGAGGGGCUGAUGCUGUUGUAGUGCUGCUCAGUGGUUUUGUGCUGCUGGUCACUGGCCUGACCCUGGCUGGGCUGGCUGCUGCCCCAGCCCCAGCUCGGCCACUGGCUGCCAUGCUGUCUGUGGGCAUUACCCUGGCUUCCUUGGGCUCAUUCUUGCUGCUGGGUUUGCUGCUGUAUCAGGUGGGUGUGAGUGGACACUGCCCCUCGAUCUGUACAGCUGCACCCUCCACCCAAAAUGGCCACGGUGGUAACAGCAGCAUCUUUAGCAUCUCGGGACAGUUGUCCUCUGGCCAGCGUCAUGAGACCACCUCCAGCAUUGCCAGCCUCAUCUGACAGACCUGACUUCUUCCCAUGCCCUGACUCAGUGUCCCCAGAGCAUUGGCAGGACACGUACAGGAGCAUGCAUAUAUGUCUGCCCCUACCCUGCUGCCACGGGAUUGCACAGGACGUGAUUAGGAGCUCACAUGUACCCGACACAUCCACACCGUGAGAGGGUGCGUGACGGAUGCCUCCUGGGGGCUGAAUGCUUGUGUGUCUGUGGACUGUCAUGCUCUCUGCCUGGCUCUGGGGUCUCUAGGCACAUCUGGAAUCCCUGAAGGCUUGGCCUGUAUCUCCAAGACCCUACAACUCCAGCCUUGUUCUACGGCAUGAAUAUACCAGCCAUUGUUCUUCAGAGAGAGGCUCUUGGCAAAGUAGAGGGAAGUGGGGUGAGAGGGACCUGGAGCGGAAACGCCUUUGAGUUUGUAACCUAGCAGCUGGGGCCUGGGCGAGGUAACUGUUAGCCUCUCUUGCCUCAGUUCUUUGAACAGUGUUGCCAUCAAUUGUUAGGAUUAUUAAAUCAGUGAGUGAGAUGAGAUGACUCGACUCCUGGCAGAUGUGCAAUAAAAGGGUGACGACAGUUGCCGCUGCCUUCACCUCACCUUCUCAGAGAGCCUCCUUCCCCAACCCCACAGCCCACCCAUUUCAGGCUAUGGGGCCAGGAUAUUGUCUUUAGCCAGACCUGGGGUUUCUUUUCUAAUGAGAGAAGGGGGGAAGGGUUUCUGGACCUAGAGAGACUGGGGGAACCCAGUCCCUCACAUUUGUUCACUUGCUAAUUCAAAGGGAGAUUUAGCCACAGGUGUUGGUGACUUUCUCUAGAAUUGCGCCCUCUUCCCUAUGUAGUCUGCCUUCUGUGGAUUCCCUGAGGGAUAGCUUGGAGGAUAUGUCUCCCUCCCCUACCUGUGAAAAAGGAACAGCCGGCAAUCCAUGUGGUCACUGUACCAGUUGGCCCGCUUCUGGGUUCCAGACGCAGGAGAGGCAUUCAAGCCCUUCUGAGGCCCUCAAGUCACUUCCUGCUUGGAAUCACUGUGGAAGGGGUCGCUCUUUCUGUGGUAUGUGUUUCCAGGUAACAGGAAUGUAGGUUCCUGCUUUUGCCACUUCCUGCUACACAAGGUGCAGAUUAUGUGAUGACCCCGGAGACCUGUCUCCUAAAAGAUGCUGAUGCAGGAGAAACUUAAAGUAGUAAAAUUGAUGCUGUAAAGCAGCACUUCCUAGCCUGCGGGUUGUGAUCCACUUGGGGUCGAGUGAACUUUUCACAGGGGUCACAUAUCAGAUAUCCUGCAUGUCAGGUAUUUUAUCUUAUGAUUUAUAACAGCAGCAACAUUACAGUUAGGAAGUAGCAAAGAAAUAAGUUUAUGAUGGAGAGGGUCACCACAACAUGAGGAACUGUAUUAAAGGGUCACAGCAUUAGGAAGGUUGAGAACCACCGGUAUAAAGGAUUUACUAAAAGAAAUCUUGCUUGGGAAAUAUUAAAUUACACAAGUAGAAUUCAGCUAAGGGAGCACUGCCUCCAACAUGAAGAUAAGUCGCACUCUAACCAGCCUUGCUAGGAAAUGCGAGGAAGAAAACCUGCACCAUGACUGAAGUUGGGCUUUGCUGAGAAAGUUUCUGCUGUUUAUUCACCAAGAUUGCCCUCCAAUUAGGCUCCACUCCCUGAUUUACAACUAGCCAUUAGACCCAUCCCCCUGUCAAAGAAUGUGCCUUCUAGGGGCAGCUAAGUGGACAGGGCAGGGCACAAUCUCCAUUAAGUG